AAGACAGAUUGUUUUCUGGCAGGCUUACCGGUAGGCCCUAUGCGUAUAUCUGGACAUACUACUUGACACCAGAAGCCGUUGGACUGGUUUAGUGACCGCUGGGUGCCGCCUGUGGGUGAAAACACGGAAGAGUUCAUUCAAGGAAUUUAGUAUGAGAGCAGUAAGAGCGCGUUUCGACUCACUCACAGAACAAGCCAUCAGCUCAGGCAAAGAAGCUCCCAUGAAACCAACCGAAUGUGCUUGCAAAUCGCUGUUCCGCCGCGGCUAAAAGCUGAGAUGUACGGAAACGGCAAACUUUAUGGAAUCAUCCUGAUAUAUUCCUCACUUUCCAGGAUUGUAUGUGGCGAGAAAUCGGAUAACGGCUGUGGUCACUCCAUUCAAGGCCCAGACAGCGGUGUCCUCUCCUCCAGGCAGUACCCUGGCACCUACCCCAAUAACUCCUUCUGUGAAUGGAGGAUCCGCCUGCCUGAGGGGAGCGCCAGCAUCACCAUCAAGUUUGCCGACCUCAGCAUCGAGUCUCGGGGCUGCGAGUCUGACUAUAUCAGGAUACUGCAGGGUUCGGGCCGAAGCGAGCAGGUGUUGGGACCGUUUUGCGGUGACCUGAAAUCUGCGCCCUCACUGCUGAAGCCCCUGCGCGUAGACGGCAGUGAGAUUCGAGUGCAGUUCCGCAGCGGACAGCACAUCUCAGGCCGAGGGUUCCUGCUGUCCUACGCCUCGGGGAACCACAAAGAUCUGCUUACAUGUCUGGACAAAGGCAACCAUUUCUCAGAUGCUAAGUACAGGAAGUACUGUCCGGCCGGAUGCCGAGCCGUGGCUGGAGAUGUGUCUGGGGACGUCUCCCAGGGGUACAGACACACAUCGGUGCUCUGUAAAGCAGCCGUCCACGCUGGGGUCAUCUCGGAUGAACUCGGCGGGGUCAUAUCUGUGGAGGAGCGGAGCGGCCAGAGCCACUACCCAGCCGUCAGAGCCAACAAGAUCCAGUCCAAAGACGGCUCUUUGUCCGAGAAGCUCUUCACGUUCGUCACCGACGACUGUAAGAGGCAGGAGAUCCUGCAGCAUGUGGCUGUGAAUGACAGCUCCUGGCAGAGGGCUGCUGGUGCUGGUGCUGGAGCUGGGGAUGGGCAGCCAGCUGACUGGUCCCCCAAUGACACAGAUCCCGCCUCCCCCAGUGUGCUUUGGACCCCCGACCAUGGCGGCCACGCCAGCCAACCAUGGCUACAGCUGGACCUAGGGGAGAAGAAGAGGAUCACAGGAAUCCUAACGACAGGUUCUCCCUCCACCGACCACUAUGUGAAAAGCUACAAGGUGGAGUACAGGGAGAGGAACCGCUGGAAGCCGUACACUCAGUACAACAGCUCCGAGCCCCUGGUGUUUGAGGGGAAUGUGGACAGCCACCAGCAGACGCGGGGCUCCUUCCAGCCUGCCAUCGUGGCGCGUCACCUGCGCCUCCUGCCCCAGGCCUGGAACCAGCAGGUGGCCAUGAGGGUGGAGCUGUUGGGCUGCCCAUACGUGAGGAGCAUUCCUCCUGCUGUGACGCUCAUCGUGUCGGAGAAUGCAGUGAACUCGUCCUCCCAGGUCACCCUGGAGACGCUGCCCACCAGACCUGAAUCGGCGGGGGGAGACCAGGAGAGCACUGAGCCUCUGCCCAUCUCCCCUCUCAUCGACUUCGUGCAGUUGGUGAUCGUCAUCGUCGUGGUUGCGGUGCUGGUGCUGAUGCUGCCGGUGUGUUUCUGCGUCUACAAGGCCCUGCAGAAGAAGAAGACCAAGGAGAGUGGGUACGGAGCAUCAGAUGCACAGCAUACAGGGUGCUGGAAGCAGAUCAAGCAGCCGUUUGCACGGCACCAGUCCACUGAGUUCACCAUCAGCUACAGCUCCGAGAAGGAGCCCAUCCAGAAGCUGGACCUGGUCACCAGCGCCAUGGCAGAAUACCAACAGCCCCUGAUGAUCGGCACGGGCACCGUCAGCAGGAAAGGCUCCACCUUCAGGCCCAUGGACACAGAGGCUAAAGAGGACUCCAGCGAUGCCCCCUCGCACUAUGACUUCUUGAGCACUGCCAACCAGUACGCCCUCCCCCUGACCAAUCAAGAGCCGGAGUACGCCACGCCCAUCAUCGAGAGACAUGCCUUCCGUAAGGAGGCCUUCGUACCCGACCAGAGCUACAACGUGCCAGGCGUGGUCCUCAACAAGACGCCCUCCUUUAAAGCCACAGAGAACGGUGUCUGCCGCAAGGGUGGGGCAUCCCAUUCGGGGGGCUACCAGACCCCCCAGGCCAAAGUGGACCGGCCCAAUCCCUCAGAGGGGGUCUACGACAGCCCCAAAGUCAGGCGGCCCGCGGCAACCAGUGCGGCUGUGUCGAACUACCAGAGGCCUCAGGGCAAAGCGUCGGUGCUGGAGUGCUACUCCAGCCCACGGGACUGUGUCCGACUGGGACAGCCCCCCUCUUCUCACUGGCCCGACGCGGAGGGCAGCUCGGACCCCUCCACACAGAGCGGAACUAACUAACUGUGACCCACACGUGAACUGCUUUUAGACUGACCUCAGCAAACACCCACAGACUCUCCUACUAAGUUAUUUACAGUUUUUGGUUGUCAACAUUGUUGUUGUUGUUGUUGUUGUUGUUGUUGUUGUUGUUGUUGGGGGGUGUGGUGCUAUGUGCUUGCCCCAUCUUGGGGCUCUAUGGACUGGCCUCUUGGAUGCCAUGCAGAUUCUGCAAAACUGUCAUGGUGUCUGAAAUUCUGUAAAUAGGAUUUUAUUCCUUCAGGCUAAAGGUUGAACAUCUCAGAUGUGUUUUAAUGUUUUAUAUCUCUGUAUGCGGCAUGGUGACCUUUAUUUGAUGCUUACUUUCAGGAGCAGAGGAACCUGUCUUCAUAUUUGCUGUGAUCUUCCACUAAGAUGGCCAGAUGUGUUUCCUUCAUCUCAAGAGAAACUGUGAUGUUGUGUGUGUCUCUUUGUGGCUCUUUGUGGCUGUUAAGAAUGUAACCAAUCACCACCCUCUUAGUCCUGAUCUAGUGGUGUACAAAUAUCAGCAUCUCUGAAGCAAGGCUGCAGGGCUGUACCCUACCAGUGUCAGAAGGCGUGCGUGCGUGCGUGCGUGCGUGGAGAGGAUGAUUUACGGGUCCCCAGCGAGCCUUGCUGGAUGCAGAUUUAUGUGGUGGAGUUGUCUCUUAACAGAGCGUCUGAAUGGAGCCAGCACUCUUGUUUUUUGGAAGACUUAUGAGCGUCCCUCCCCUUGCGAACACACACACACACACACAAGGUCUCUGAGAGGACUCUGUGUGUAUGGGGUCAUCACUACUCUGCCCUAGUGCCAACAUUGUCAGGCAUCAUUGCAGGUGGUACCAGAUUUGCAAUGACUGAGUCGGUGUGUGUGUGUGCGUGUGCGUGUGCGUGCGUGUGCGUGUGCGUGUGCGUGUGUGCGUGCGUGGUCAGAGGCUGGUGACUAGGAUGUGUGCUUACAGUGCACCAGAAGUGCAACUUGUUGUCAGCUAGACACACACACACACACACACGUGCCCAACCUGAUUUGUACUCCUGGUUUAUUUUAAGCCAUGAUGAAUGUCACUGGGCAAGAGUGUUCUAUUGUUUGGAGGAGUGAGUAGAGUAUGCCAAUUCUAUUGUGAAUUGGAGAGGUAAAAAAAAAAAAAAAAUGUUGUCCUGUAUUUUGUAUUUAAACACCUGUCAAUCUGGUGAAGCUGCUUUUGUGUGAGUUGGCUUGACAGAGUGGGGGUGAACAUUUGAGUGGGAUUGACUGGCCUUGGGAUGGCUGUAUGGCUUUUUAAUUUCUGUGAAAUGUUGGGAGAAAUGUGAUGAGGAUCAUAAAAAUGUCAACUACU